AUGGAUGCUGAUGCUGCAAGAGUAGGCAGCACAAGCGUGCACGCUGGGCAGUCUCUUUUUCAACGUUCUGGGAUCGACACAGGCGUGUACUACUACAACGCACCACGAGCACUCUCUGCUGCAGAGGAGGAUACGCCAGGGGUUGGCACACUGGAUGCAUCGCACCGUAGUCGCUUGCACAUCCUCCGCGAACAAGCUCUUCACCGGGGAGCGGCGGCAGCACCACUCGAGACCGACCCCGCGGCUGAGGCCUUGAGCGGUGAUGGCAGUGGCGUGGGCAGCAGCGGCAGCAUCACAAGGGAGCAGAGCAUGUUUGCCGCGUCGCACGAGUUUGCCGCUGUAGACAAGACACCCCAGAAACUGGAAGACGAGAGGCAUCGGGCAACCCCGAAACCCAUAGUCAAGCAGCUGGAGGCGGACAUCAAGAAGCUCGAGUACUACCAGGGCACCCCGCACUAUGAUAAGCUUCUCGCGGAUUUCCGUGCCAAAUACAACGCAGAGCAGACCCCGAAAAAGGGCGCAAAAGGGCCCGUUUACAUGGCGGACGAGGUGGAGCGCGGCUUGGAGGGGCAGCCCAUCGAUUACCACCACAGUAGCACCAAGUUGCAGGCACAACUACUCUCUGGACCGCGCGCCUACGACCUUGUCACGAUCAUGCAACAGCAAGGCGUCAUGCGUUUCCAGGGCUACGCGUUUCCACCCACGGCGGAGCUCGGGAAACUGAAGGGAGACGGCGAUGGGCUGAAGGCGCUGCACGAUGCGCACAAGAGUCAUCCUCUUGUCGCGCAGGUGCGGAGAGGAAUGAAUGCGCUGAUUGGACGCAAUGAUGCGCGUGACGACUACGUGGCGAUGGAGGACAAAUCGAAGGAGGACACCCAUCUGCUGUACCGCACCUUAGGUCUCGGAGCAGUGCAGCGGCGGCAGCUACGCUACAUGCUCACUGAUUUUGAUCACGCAGACAGGAACACCACAUUUCAUGUCAUGAUGUCAUACCCGUACACGGACUGGCUGCACGUGUUUUACAUGAUGCUGGUAGGCUGGUGCUUGUAUCAGCUGCAGGUUCGGUGCGGCGCUUACGAUUUUUACGACGAGUAUCUAGGGCUUGAUCUCCGUCAAGUGCCGCGGCUGCAGAAACCAGUUCUGGCCGGCAUCACCAUCAUCGUCAUGGUCUUCUUCUUCUUCCAACCCCUCUUGGUCGCCAGCAUUGCGACAACAAGGGCGUACCGGAUUGCAAUGAAACGCCCCAUUGGUCCACCGUAG